AAUGACAGUUUUGAAAAUUAUUGGCAACAAUUAGGUUAUAUCAAUGUGAGUAAAAUUCAUAGAAGUAAUAACAAACCUCUUUGAUAAAAUUAAAUAAAGUAUAAAGAUGUUCAUAACAAACGUUUUGCUAAAAAAGGCGAAGAGUAAAAAUAUUAUGGUUUUAAUGGAGAGUGUAGUUAGUGGUCAUCAGUUUAAUGCCAUUCGAGAACGAUUAGCGGAUAAACUUGAGCUUAUUAAAUUUGAUCCUUACAUCCAGCGGGAAAGUGUUUAUAAAGAACGUCGAAGAAUACGAAGCAUGUGAAGUUAUGGCGAAGUAUAUUUACUAUUGUUUUUAUGAAUGACUUCAGUUAAUGUAGUUUUGUUAAAAAGUUUAAUAAAUAUUUAUCAGUU